GGAAAGUGUGAGAAUGAACAGGAGCCCGGCCGCUGCAGCUUGAAUGUCUGGACUUCACCAGAGAUGUUAGCUUAGCCCUGUCACCUCAGCACACCCUCGACGUCACCAUGCUCCUGGCCCUAGUCCUCGUCCUGGCCCUGUCCUGCAACGCCGCGCACACUUCCAACUCUUCCUCCACCACAUUCCAGUACCGCGUUUGGGAGGAGGAGCCCCUGGGAACGCAGGUCGGCAGUCUGUCCCGCGACCUCCACAAACGGGAUGGACCUGGGCACUGGGACGGCUUCCAAGUGGUGGAACACGGGAAAACGUUGCCUUUCGCUGUCAGCGCUCAGGAUGGGACCGUUUCCACCCAAGGACGCCUGGACAGAGAGCAGCUGUGUCGGAAUUCUGACGUUUGCGAACUCGCCUUCAGCGUUCUCUACCGGAAAGGCGGCGACGUGAACUGCCUGAGAGUUCACGUCGAAAUCAUGGACCUCAACGAUAACAGUCCGAGCUUCCCGAAUCCGCUUCAAGAACUGGAAAUUUCUGAAACUGCCGCCUUAAGGAUGAGGAUUCCGCUGGAGCACGCCGUCGAUCCGGACGCGGGGCCCAACGGACUUCAAACUUACUCGCUGUCGACGAACUCGCAUUUCGCUUUGGACGUUACGGUCACUCCUGGUGGAACCAAGCAAGCCGAACUGGUCAUUGUCAAGGAAUUAGACCGGGAAGUUAAAGACGUUUUUGAGUUAACCCUUGUCGCUUGGGAUAAAGGUAACCCCCCGAGAUCUGGAAGUACUUUGGUUCGCGUAAAAAUUCAAGAUUCCAACGACAACAGUCCUACUUUUGAAAACACCGCGCCGAUUUUGGAGCUUUCAGAAGAUACGGAAAUCGGCACAGUCAUCAUAAAUCUAAAAGCAUUCGAUCCGGACGAAGGCGAUAACGGUUUCGUGGAGUAUUCGAUCAGCAAGCACACGCGCCCCGAGACGAAAAGACUGUUCGCGAUCGAUCCGGAAACUGGCAACGUUACCUUAAAAGCGCUGCUGGAUUACGAAGACACGAACUCUCACGAAGUUAUCGUCCAAGCUCGCGACAAAGGCCCCAACUCCAUCCCUUCCCACUGCAAGCUCCACGUGAAAGUGCUGGACGUGAACGAUAACGCGCCGAGAAUCCACGCAACCUGGACUACGCCUGAAUCGCCCGGUCCGAACAUACCCGAAGGAGCGGAGAUCGGAACUUUUCUAGCGUUGGUUGUGGUUUCCGACGCCGACUCGGGCAAAGACGGCGACGUUCAAGCCUUGUUAAAAAAAGAAUCUGGACCUUUCAACUUUCAGAUGCAGCGCAAUAAUUACAAAAUAGUUACGAGCGACAUUUUGGAUCGCGAAGAAGUUAGCAAGUACACGAUCACGAUUAUCGCUCAAGAUCGAGGAAACCCGCCUCUGCAAUCGGUUUACCAAUUUCCUGUUUACGUUUUGGAUCAAAAUGACAACGCUCCCGUGUUUUCAAUGCCGAUUUACAAAGCUGAAAUCAGUGAAAACAACGAGCCGGAUUACGGGGUGUUACAAGUCGAAGCUCACGACAUGGACAUAGAGCUUAGCGGUAGAGUUUCGUACAGUAUCCGAAUGAGCAGUACUAGUAGAAGUAGUGAGAAUGAGUUUCCGUUUUCGAUACACAGAACCACGGGAGUCGUAACUGUUCACCAUUCGCUGGAUUAUGAGCUAGAAAAUUCGUAUUCUUUCGAAGUAGAAGCUUUUGAUCACGGAUACCCGCCUCUUUCAAGCACGGCUAAGGUAGAAAUUCAAGUUUUGGACGUAAACGAUAAUUAUCCGAUCAUUUUGGAGCCGAAAUCCAAAAGAGGCGUAGCGCCCGUCAGCGUCCCCAUCAAUGCCGAAAAGGGAGAAAUUGUCGCCGAACUCGGGAAUAACGAAAAAUUACCGAGUCAGAUUGAGGCCGGACGAUUUCUCGCGUUGACGGUCAAAGCUACAGACACGGACGAAGGACUCAACGGCGAGCUACGUUACGUCAUCAGCAAAGAGAACGAUCACGGGUUAUUCAGCGUGGAUGAAACGUCCGGGAGUUUAUACGUCAACACCACGAACGCGACAGAAUUAAUCGGAAAAACAUUCAAAGUAGAUUUAACUGUCCUGGACAAAGGAACGCCGAGUUUGUCCGCGAAGACGACACUCGAAAUCACGUUCAUCAACCUGAAAGACCAUUUGAAAAGCUCUUCGGACGGGAGCAGAAACCAUCUCAGCUUCACCAUGAUGAUCGCGAUUUGUUUGGGCGCCACGUGCUUGCUGCUGUUGCUCGCCGUCGCCAUGGUGACUACGUUUUGCCGACCGGUGAAACGGGAAAACCACGCGUACAACUGCAGACACGCGGAAUCGACGUACACCAGGCACCCCCGACGCCCGCAGAAGAACAUACGGAAAUCAGACAUCCAGCUCAUCCCGGUGAUACGAGGUAGAAAGGAAGAGGCUCCCAAUGACGACAGCGAACGCCAGCCGCUUUCGCCGCCGUCUACGAUGUCCGAAGAUCUCCAAAACGAACGCCAGUACACCUUGACGCCGUCUUGCCUCAACGCCAGCUUCCACUCACAAAGCUACCAAGACAUCAACAGCUCCCAGCCGAGUAUACAUCACGGAAAAACGCUGUGCAAACCCGGGAACAUUGAGCUGGACAGCCCUUUGGUCAUAACGCCGGCGUCUUCUUACCGCACGCUCCGGAAGUCCAGGAAUCAGUCGUCGUCCUCGUCCGCGUCGCACGCCAGCACGCUGAAACGGCAGAAAAGCGAGGAGUCCAACGAGUCGCAGGCCACACUGAGGAGGCAGAAGAUGGAGGGACAAAGCAGGGACGAAGAGCACCAGAGGAUGUGGAGGAACCUGGUCCGACUGUCGAUGGCGGCGUUUGGAGAUGCCAUAGAGCUGUCGGCGGCUUCUCCAGAUGUUCAACAGAUCUCGCAGCUCCUGUCUCUGCUCCGACAGGGCCAGCUCCAGCCCAGGACCAACUUCAGAGGAAACAAGUUCUCCCACCGCAGGUGCGGGGCUCAGGACUGUGGAGACUGGCAGAGCACGAAGGACAGCGGACACGGGGAGAGCGAGCCCGGGGACGGAGACAUGGGCUGGGACACCGGACCAGACUGUGCCCUGGACCCUCAGCUGGAGGAGGGGCUCACCAACCUCAUCAACAACACCGAUGACGUCUUCUCCGAGGUUCCAGAUCCUGCCUGGAUGGCCCGACUCUCCCUGCCUCUCUCCAGCGACUACCACGAAAACGUUUUUGUCCCCAACGGGCCGCCGUCCACAGACAGCGAGCUCCUCCCCCCGGACCGACUGGACUCCUCCUCGUCCUUCUCCACCUUCGGUAAAUCUCCGGACAGGGAGGAGCCGGUGAACGGGGCGCUGCUCUCAGAGGUCAGCUCCCUGUUUGAGAUGCUCCUGACGCAGAAGGGAGGCUCCAGGCUGGGCCCCCCCCCGGACGUGCUGUACCGCCUGUCCAACGCGUACCGCCAGAGCAGCCACAAGAGGGCAGCGCCGCACCCCUGAGCGCUACACUGGAACGGACCGUACACUGUAUAAAGACGAGGACCGAGGGAGUGUGACGU